AUGUCUAAAAUAGAGGUCGUAACUGAAACCGUACAAAACGGACAUACUGGUGAGUCAGAGACAAUCCAGUAUACCCAAUCUCAAAUGGUUGGCCACGGAUCAUUCGGUGUCGUGUUCCAAACCCAGAUCUUGCCCACCAACGAGAUCGCUGCCAUGAAAAGGGUUCUCCAAGAUAAGAGAUUCAAGAACAGAGAACUCCAAAUCAUGAAACUCGUGCACCAUCGUAAUAUUGCCGACUUGAAGUACUACUUCUACACCAAUAACGACAAGAAUGAACUCUACUUGAACCUUAUCUUGGAGUUCGUUCCCGAGACAUUGUACAAGGCCUCUCAUUACUACGUUUCUAAGAGAUUGCUGAUGCCUCCACUCGAAGUCAAGUUGUACACCUACCAAAUGCUUCGUGCCCUUAACUACAUUCAUUCCCAAGGAAUAUGUCAUCGUGACAUCAAGCCUCAAAAUUUGUUGAUCAACCCAGAGACCGGUGAAUUGAAGUUGUGCGACUUUGGCUCAGCUAAGAUUUUGAAUCCUAACGAACCAAACGUCUCGUACAUCUGUUCCAGAUAUUACCGUGCCCCUGAACUUAUCUUUGGUGCUACCAAUUACACCACCAAGAUCGAUGUCUGGUCUGCAGGUUGUGUGAUGGCUGAAUUGAUUCUUGGUCAACCGCUCUUUCCAGGUGAAUCAGGUAUCGACCAAUUGGUGGAAAUUAUCAAAAUUUUGGGUACUCCUUCCAAGGAGCAAAUCAAAAACAUGAACCCCAACUACAUGGAACAUAAAUUCCCUCAGAUCAAACCAAUCCCAUUGUCUAAAAUCUUCAAAAAGAUGUCCCCUGACUGUAUCCAAUUCCUCAUCAGAAUAUUACAAUAUUCACCUAUAGAUAGAAUCUCGUGUGUCGAAGGGCUCGUGGAUCCAUACUUUGAUGAGUUGAGAGAUGCUGCUACGAAACUCCCCAACUACCGUAAGAUUUUCAGUCAACAAUUCCACCACAAUUCUUCGUCUGCAUCCAACCACCACUCAAAUAAUGCCAACUACCAGAUCUACGCCAACCAACCGGAUCUUAAGGAGUUGCCAGUUUUAUUUGAUUUCGACGAUCGUGAGUUGUCUGUUGAAACAUCCUUGAAUCACCGGUUAGUUCCUCAUUUUGCAUUCAACCAGUUGAAUCUUUCUCAGAGCAUAGGCUCCUUGAACGAUUUCAUCCCUUUGACAAAAGAGCAAUUGAAGGUUACUCUUGAAUAG